AUGGCUUGCCACACUCGCUCUAACAGCUUUCCAUCAAGGUCACACCCCAUCAUUCAAGAAGUUGAUGAACAUUUGUGCAGAUUGAGGUCUUCCGAGUCCACAACGACAUCUUCAUCAACAAUAAGCCACAAACUAAGUGGUCUUCAAGACUUGCAUGAUUGUGUUGAUAGGUUGCUUCAGUUGCCCCUCAACCAACAGGCCUUGGCGCAAGAGAAGCAUCAGAAAUGUGCUAAUGAGCUAUUAGAUGGCUCCCUCAGGCUCCUGGAUGUUUGUAGCACUGCCAAGGAUGCCCUGUUGCAAACCAAGGAAUGCAUGCAGAACCUUCAAUCAAUAAUCCGAAGAAGAAGAGGAGAAGAAUCUGAAGUACUCUCAAGUGAGAUUAAGAAAUACUUAACCUCCAGGAAGAUGGUGAAAAAGGUAAUCCACAAGGCUAUUGGGAAUCUGAAGGGAGUGAAAAACUCUUCUCUCAACAAUGACCAAGAGACUAUCGCCAUUGUUAGCAAGCUGAGAGAUAUUGAAGCAGUCUCUUUCACUAUCUUCGAAUCAGUGCUGUCCUUCAUCUCUGGACCAAAGUCAAAGCCUAGCAGCUGGUCUUUGGUUUCCAAGAUGGUGCAGUCCAAAAGAGUAGCUUGUGAUGAGGAAGCAAAAGUGAAUGAGUUUGCAGAGGUGGAUGCUGCAUUGAAGUCACUCAAGAGUGCAGACAAUGCACAAAACCAGCUUAGCAAUCUGGAGUCGUGCAUUCAAGACCAAGAAGAAGGACUUGAGAGCCUAUUUAGGCAAUUGAUCAAAACAAGGGUCUCCCUUCUCAACAUCCUAAACCACUAGCUAUUAGCUUAUAGAACAAUUUUGUACAGAAACACACGUAUAUAGCUUCUUAUAUCAAA